UUAAUGAGAGCUAGUAUCAGUGGCGGUCUGGGGUAUAAAAGCUGGCGAAUUCGCCCAGUCAAAGCACACUUACGGAACCAGUAGGAACACAACUGCACCAUGAAGUCCACUCUUGCUUUGAUCUGCAUUGCCCUCUUUCUGGCACUCUACACCGUCGUGAAUGCGUGCGAUCCCAAUAGCAACAACCAGCCCGACUGCAGCAACUCAACCAACGUUCUAGUGAAAAUCCGCAACUUCUGGGAUCCCACCCGCUACUGGUGGUGUGAGUCCACCAGCUCCACUGCUCAGCCUGUGCUGUGCCCGGCGAGCGAUGGAACCACCACCGGAUUUGACCCCACAGCGAACGAGUGCGUGGCCUGGAGCAAUUGGACAUGGACUCCUUACUGUCCCUAAGUUGAUUGCAUUCUUAUAAAAUCAAUAUCAAAAUAUAUGGCAAACUAAAUAAUUA